AUGCCUCCCCUCCUCUUCUACGGCACCCAUUACCGGUGCGUCUUGGACUCAACUACCGCGAGUCACAUACGACGCCGAAGACUACUUUCUUCUUCCUCCGGGUGUCAGCGUCAAGGAUUUCUGCAGCGAGCAGAUGGACACCGUCUCGAGGACACUGCCGCUGGUAUAUUCCGAUACACCUUUGUUCGUGGAAAACACGCCGGUGAUCCAGUACCGCCACGUUUUGUGCGUUUUCGACGUCAGGUCGCUCCGGAGACAUUCACCGCCCGGACGGCCGCGCUGGGCGCAUACAGCUCCGGUCCUUCUGUGUGGGACACGCACACGCAGCAGCCAGGCAAGGUGCGCUACUCUGCCGUAUGCAAACUCGACAAGAUCCGUACGCCUGACCAUCCCGAGUGCCUGAUGGCAUCUAGGGCCGCCGAAGACGACAACUUACUCGUGGCGACAUUCUCUGACGAGGCAGCACUACUGCAGCGCAUGAGCCAGUCGUACGAUGACGGCAUGGGAGUGGCGCCAGUGGCCGUGUACAAUGUCGAUCUGGACGACUAUCUUGGUAAUUGCUCAGGAACGGCCAUCAUGUCACCCCUCGUUCGGGCCCUCGCCUCGGGCAUCAGUGACAGCGCGACGAAAAUCUUUAACUAAGACUACCUACUGCGUCACGCCAUACCCUGGAAUUGUGUAUAUGAAGUGUUGUAACCAAAUAGGAUAAUCAGAAUAGUAGUUCGAAGAUAUUAACAAAAUAAAACGUGUCAAAAACAUUGUCGCGCCAGAAACAGGGCUCGUAUAGUAUAGGUAUGCUCGUAAGUUUUGCUAUAUUCUUCGUUGCGAUGUGAUCACAGUGUUGCAUGGAGCCACGAUCUCUUCCGUAAUAAAUGAUUGCGUAGCUUCCUCGUAGUAGCUGAGAUGCUACGUUCGACUUCGUUGUCCAGAAUUGCUCAUCGACACAUGAACAAAAUAGAAGCGGUAAUUUGGAACAUCUAUAACCCACGUAGCUAUUUAGACGGUAGCAUGACGAGCAGUAAUUACUCGCCUUUAACGCUAAGCAUACUUAUCACAUAGGCCAUAUACUCCGACAAAACUCCUCCACACAGGUAAAUAAAGUAGACCUUUUUAGACAUAUUGCCCAUCAAUUGUCUCCUUACUCUAGGCGCCAUUGGUUUCAAUGUUGUUUAGCUCGAGCAUCCAAACUGUAUUAUGAUUGGGUAGAUGUAAUUUUGAAGAUAUGAAAAUGUGGCAGUGCCUGAAAGCGUCACUGCCGCCCUAUUUGUAAUUAUAGAUUGAACGCCCUACAUGGCUGUAAUAAAAAUGCA